AUGUUUGCUCGAUUCGUUAAACAAACGCCUUUUAAGGCCGCCGGUGGCUAUGGACGUAUUGCUCAAGCACGAUUCCUAGCUACGGUUGAGGGAAGUGCUGGACGUGCUAUGCCAGUUACCCGACCAAGGGCCACACCAAUCUCCCACGACCGUGCUACAUUGACACUCAGGGAUGGACCAGUCUUCCACGGCAAAUCUUUUGGAGCUAAGUCCAACAUCUCUGGUGAGGCUGUCUUCACCACCUCCCUUGUCGGAUACCCAGAAUCGAUGACCGACCCCUCAUACCGUGGACAAAUCCUCGUUUUUACCCAACCCCUCAUUGGAAACUAUGGUGUUCCUUCCUCCGCUCGCGAUGAGCACGGACUUUUGAAAUACUUCGAAUCUCCAAACAUUCAGUGUGUUGGUGUUGUGGUUGCGGACUAUGCCGAGAAGUACAGCCAUUGGACUGCUGUCGAGAGUUUGAGCGAGUGGUGUGCCCGUGAAGGAGUACCAGCUAUUUCAGGUGUUGACACUCGUGCGAUUGUAACAUACUUGCGAGAGGAGGGUUCUUCAUUGGCCCGAAUCACAAUUGGAGAAGAGUACGAUGCAGAUCAGGAUGAGGCUUUCAUUGACCCUGAGCAAAUCAACUUGGUCAAAAAAGUCAGCACAAAGGCACCAUUCCACGUCAGCUCGCAGAAUGGAGAUAUGCACGUUGCAGUCAUCGAUUGUGGUGUCAAGGAGAACAUCUUGAGAAGUUUGGUCGCUCGAGGUGCAAGUGUCACUGUUUUCCCAUACGCUUUCCCUAUUCACAAGGUCGCUCACCACUUCGACGGUGUUUUCAUUUCCAACGGACCAGGUGAUCCAACUCAUUGCCAAGAGACUGUUUAUCACUUGGGUCGUUUGAUGGAGACAUCUCAGGUACCAGUUAUGGGUAUCUGUCUCGGUCAUCAAUUGCUCGCUCUGGCUGCCGGUGCUCGAACAAUCAAGCUCAAGUAUGGUAACCGUGCGCACAACAUUCCUGCUUUGGAUUUGACUACUGGUCAAUGCCACAUCACCAGUCAGAAUCACGGUUAUGCUGUUGAUACUCCAACUCUCCCUGCUGAAUUUAAGGAGUACUUUGUCAACUUGAAUGAUGGAUCCAACGAGGGUAUGAUUCACAAGACUCGACCAAUCUUCUCUACACAAUUCCACCCAGAAGCCAAGGGAGGACCAAUGGACUCGUCAUUCCUUUUCGACAUGUACAUUGAAAACGUCAAGCGUUACAAAGAGAACCAAGCAAUCCACCCAACCGGCAAGGAUAACCGUCCUUCACCACUUCUUGUUGACAUCUUGUCCAAGGAACGUGUUGGUGUGCAUCCAGCUCAGCCAGCUGAGAACUUGGCUCAAGCUGCUGCUGCGGCUUAG